AGCCGGAUGUGUUAAAAUACGGGUAGGAAAAUAAUUCCAGCAUGGCGGUUCAAGAAAAGCUCUAAGAUAGACAAACUAGCAGUGGGAUAAUGUGGCCGAGUGCGAGUUAAGGACACGGUGGAUUUCUGAGAAUUAGCGGUGGAAAGACACGGAGGUCUGAGAUGUGUCAGGAUUCACAGUGAUGGAUUAAACCUCCUGAAGAUGUCCAGCACGGUGUGAAGAACUGCUUCGAGAACGGCUCAGGGACGCAGGAUGGCGGCUAUGAACACAGGUAAAGGUGGGACCGUGAGGUGGAGGCCGCAGCCGUGGCAGGACGCUGAUGGCGGUGGUGGAGAGCCUCUCUCGGACAGCGACUCGGAAGAAGAGGAUUUUCCAGAUGACACGACUACUCCCCUAGGAGAGUACAUUACUCAGGGCUUAAAGCAGCUACUUGAUGCUCAGCAGUUGUGUGACGUCACCCUUUUAGUCGAGGGAAAGAAGUUCAUGUGCCACAGAGUUCUCUUGGCUGCGGUCAGCCCGUACUUCCGUGCCAUGUUCACCAGCCCCUUGGUAGAGUCUCGGCUCACCGAGAUCCGCCUGGAGGAGGUGACUCCUUCGGUCAUGGAGACGGUUAUCCAGUUCGUGUACACGGGGGAAGCGGGGCUCUGCCUCGACACGGCAGAGGACUUGUUUGUGGCAGCCAACCGUCUUCAAGUCAUGCCCUUGCAGAAUCUUUGUUCAAGGUUCCUCUUUGAACACCUUUCUGUGGAGAAUUGUUUGGGUAUGUACUCUCUGGCACGCUCGCAUCACGACCAGCUCUUGCUCAGAGCCUCUUUGAGGCUGGUGGCUCAGCAUUUCCCUCGAGUGGCACGGCAGCGAGACUUUCUCCUGUUGGACCCAGGCACCGUGGGAAGCCUCCUGGAGUCGGACCGGCUCGGGGUGGAGUCCGAGACGGAGGUGUACGACGCAGCGCGACGCUGGGCUGAGCACCGACCCGCUGAACGCUACGUGCACAUGCCUACUCUGCUUCGUCAUUUGCGCCCGGGUCUGCUGGCCCCCGAGGAGAGCAGGCGGCUCAACAAAGAGCUUGGGCCGAGGGCGGGCACCGAGGCCAUGGGAGGUCCGCUGAGGCCUCGUGAGGGCAUGCUCGAGAAGAAGAUUGUUUGCGUGGAUCUUAAGCCCAGGGAAGAUGAGGCUUUACGAGAGAGCGAUUACACGGUGGAUUGUUUUGACCCACGAACGGGCAAGUGGGAGAAACUCUCAGCCCUGGGCUCUUUGCUGUGUCCAGGCUGCACGGCUGUCGGUGGCCGGCUCUUUGUAGCCGGUGGCAUUUUAAGAACGGGCCAAGUUUCGGCGUCGAUGCACGAGUACGACGUGGUGCUGGACCGCUGGAUAUCGCGGCCAUCCAUGGAGCAGCCGCGUGCCAUGUUCGGACUCCUUGGCUCAGGGAACUUUCUCUACGCCCUGGGAGGCUGCAACCGAUCAGCCCUUCUUGACACUUGUGAAACAUUCGACCUCACCACGUUAACGUGGGCACCGGGUCCACGUCUGCCACUGCCGCUACGCUCUUUUGCCUGCUCCACACUCCGAGGCCGACUGUACUUGCUCGGAGGCGCCACGUUGGAGCAGAACAGGGCUAUGGUGCAUGCCGGUGUGCUCAUCUACCACACCGGUACAAGGACCUGGAAUCGCAUCGGACUUGAUUCCGGUGCCACCUGCCUGGCUGGAGGAGUAGCAGUACGUGGAGGAGUGUGCGCGGUGGGCGGGUACAUGCGCGACGCUGCUAAAUUUCUGGAUGGCAAUUACACCCAUUUGGAACCGCUUGACGCCACCGGGCGAGUCCUGUUUUUCCGAGAAGGACGGGCGAUGGGGACUGACCGGGACGUCAUGGCCGGAGUAGAGCGAAUCGGAGGUGGCGGUAGUGACCGCGCUCCCAGUCCAGUUGUUUUUCCAGGUCUGCCACGGCGCAUAGCUGCCGCAGGCGUCGCGAGAUGGAAGCGCAGGAUUUACGUGUUGGGUGGUGAGAACGGCUCACGCUUUUACGACAGCGUGUACUGCUGGAAGCCUGGCUGGCGAAGCUGGGUCCAGAGACGUGAGAAACUACCAGGAGAUACAGGCGGAGUGAGCCAGUUUGGGUGCACCACUCUAAAGUUCCCCAAAAAACACAUCUUGGCACGCAUUAGAACAGCCCUGGAGAAGCAGGGGAAGGAAAAGAGACGGAAACGAAAGACGGAGGACGUGCCAAGAAGCCGGCCAACCAGAAGGGCAAAUCAGAAAGUGUGAUUUUUAUUUAAGAAACACGUCUGGGACUCGUCCCUUUCGGUCUUGUUGAAUUUUCAUCACCGAUACCCUUUAUGUUUUGUCUUCCCAAGAAACGAGCGUCACGUCGCCAGCUGAUGCUUCUGUUGUUUUGAAGGCUCCUUUAUCUCACUGCUAUAUGUUCGAAUGCAAAUUUAAGAUUGAAUGCUGGAAACCGUGAAGCAUGUUAAGCCUAGGACAUUACUGAAAUGUCUCUUGAAUGUAUAUAAUAGCAACAAGAAAUACCAAGCCCGCUGAAAUCCUACACAUGAAAUACACGAUAAACAGAAUGACUCCAUUCCACGGAAUAAAAACAGGCAAUAAGUUAGGUCUAACGCCCUAUUCAGACCGUAUUAGUUUCUCAGAUUAGCACUCGUUCACCUUGAAUGAACCUGGAAGACGACGUUUACAAAUAUAAGCUUUCCUUUCUUUUGCCAUUUAAUGGCCUCGUAGCUUAAAUAGUUUGUAUUGAAAUUAUGACUGACUUUAUACAGCAAUGAGACAAAUUACAAUCCCACACAAAGCCCUGUAAAUAUAGUGUACAGCAAGAGACGUCUCGUCACACGCGGCCACCUUUUUGAAUUUAUUUAAACCCGACUCCCCGUGUAAAACUAAUGCGGUCUGAAUAGGGCUUGAGCGUCUAAAUCCAAAAUCGUUCCUUUUAAAUUUAAACUGAAUAGUGCAUCAUCUGCUAAUGAAAAAUGAAUUUAAUCUAACUUUUUGUAUAUCUUUUUGAUUUGUUUUCAAAAUGUAAACUUUACUGCAGCGCUUAACAUCAACCUUUAUUUUGUUGUGAGCACAUUGAGGUCAAUAGCCAUCUUUUUAAAAAAAAAAAAAAAAAUCUAAUGGAAAAAAAAACCGGAUGAUUUCAGUUAAAUGUAUUUGAAUGUUUUCCUGUGAAGAGGGAACACUUGAUUUUCAAGCAUACAUGAUUGAGAAAGUUUCAUUCACCUGCAACACAGUAUUUUACAGUAUCUGCCACUAAUGUAAGGUUUAUCUGAGCCUUUUAUUGUAUCGGGUCUGUUUACAACUCUGUUUUGACUUUUUGCCUUAAUGUUGUGUCUUUAAUUUAGUGUAGUGUAGCUGCAAGUAACGAUUAUUUUCAUAAACGAUCAGUUGGCCGAUUUUAUUAUUUUUUUUCAAUUAAUCGAAUGAGUGAAAACUUUCGGGUUAGUAAAAAACUAAUGUGUUCCAUUUGAGACGAUUUCACCUUCCUAAAAUUCAUACACUAGAUCAGUGGUUCUCAACCUUUUGUGAGCUCUGGACCCCGAGAAUCUUUCGAACAAUCCACAAGGAUUCUAUAUAUGUUGCUUUAUUUUAUUAAUAUUUAACAUUAACAUUGGACACUUUAAAAUUGAAUCAAAACAUUUCACGAUUUUAUUUUUUACAUUUUAUUAUUGGUGUGACAUUUAAUUUGACUCUCUGAAUUAUCCUUUGUUUAUUUUAUCCAUCAGUGCGACACCUGAACUUCUCUACCACUCACAGGUUUUUGCGAAUGAUCAUUUCAUUUGUAAACAAAUUUUAAAAUAAAUCCAGCAAUGAACGAUUGUGAUAUUUAUGAAUACACGCAAAUAACAAAAUUGGUUAAUAUUAAAACAUCUCACUUUAAUGUUUUGAUCCAAUUAACUAUAUAUAUAUAUAUAUAUAUAUAUAUAUAUAUAUAUAUAUAUAUAUAUAUAUAUAUAUAUAUAUAUAUAUAUAUAUAUAUAUAUAUAUAUAAAUAAAAAUUAUUCAAACAUUUUUAAAACUUUCUCACGGACCCCCUGCAAUUACACCACUGACCACUAGGGGUCCACGGCUCCCCGGUGCAUAGUGUAAGUGUACAGUACUUAGUUUUGGACACAACUUUAGUACUUACUCUCCGAAGUGUUUUCGGAACAGAAGUAACGUAAGCAGUAAACGUACUGCACGCAGACCAACUAAUUGAUUAUGAAAGUCGUUGUCAACGUAUCUCAUUAUCAAUUAUUAUCGAUUUUAUCGAUUAGUUGUUGCAGCUCUAAUUUAGUGUAUGCAUCAGGAGCACAACCAAGGACGGAUUCCUCUCCGUAUCUAAAACACAUUUACACAUUAACCUUAUUUUCAGUUCUAAUUUAAAGAACAAUGCCAGUAACAUGUACGGCACAAACUGUAUAGGCGCCUAAAUAUUUACUGAAACCAUCCAAUGCUCUGAGAGAAGCAUAAUCCCUUCCCUGUACCUUGUGAGUAAACGUUCUCUUCGUCUGCUUUUAUUAAAUGCAUCAACCUCAACAGCGCCGAGUGAAUUAUGAUGCGUCUCCUAUAAAUGUACAGUCCCCUCUGAAACUAUUGGAACAGCAAGGCCGGUUCACGUGUUUGUGCUCUUCAUUCGGGCUUGAGAUCAGUUCAUUCAAGACGAAUUCGAGACGAUAGAUCAGGUAUUCGGCUUUCAUUUCCUCAUAUUUACAUCUAGAUGUGUUAAACAACUUGGAACACGGCGCCUUUGGUGGAAGACCACCCAAUUUUUAGGUGACCAAAAGUAUAAGAACAGAGUCUUCAAGUAAAUGACACUUAAUAUUUGGUUGUAUAUCUGUUGCUUGUAAUAACUGCAUCAAUCCUGUGACUCACUGACACCAAACUGUUGGUUUCUUCUUCUGUGAAGCUUUUCAGGACUUGUCCAGUCUAAAACCUUCCACUUUUGCCCCUGAUGAAGUCCUGUGGACAUUCCAAAUUGUUGUAUUGGGUUCAGACAAAAUGUUUUAUAAACCUUGUAAGUUGUUUAACAUGUCAGUAUGUAAAUAUCAGGAAAUUAAAUCUGAAAUUCUGAUCUAUUGUCUUAGCUUGAUCUUUUGAUCUCAAACCCAAAUUUCUUUAGUGUAGAGCCAAAACAAAAGAACUGGCUUUGAUUUCAUGGUUUCUACAGUCUCCUCCAAAUGUAAUGGAACAGCAAAGUCUGAACCAAAGUCUGACUUCAUGUGUCAUCUUCUUGUGUAUAUGAACAUAACAGAAAAGUUUUCCCUCAGCCAAAAGAAUGAAAACUCUUGGUCAACCCAUUUCAAGCUAAAACAGGUCGAAUGUACCUGGUUUAUCAUACAAUGAGCUUUUUUUGUUUUGUUUUGUUUGUUAACCGAUUAUAUGCUACUUUACGUCACAAAUAGUCGUUUUUACUGCAGGUUGUUGUUGUUGUGGCGUCGUUGUUCAUUCAUAUCCUGGUGCCUUUACUUAUUCAUUGAAGCAUAUUAUUCAGUAAAUACAGCCAAAUUAAUAGACCCCUUGGGGUUUGUAAAAAAUAAGAGAUCCCCACACAACCUUUUUGCAAUAAGGUCUGAUUAGCCUUGCAACUUGACACUACUUGGUUUAAUCCGACUGGAAAAUCUAUCAAGAAUUUUAAUCUAUCAAAGACUCGCAUGUUAUCCAUUCAUUAUUUGGGAUCACCACUCGGAGAGGGAGAGAAAUGGGAUGGUUGCACCAGUGCUAUGACAUAUUUCCGUUUUGAAAUUGCGCAAAUCUCAUGUCUCUGGUAGCACUUACAAUAAAGGUUAAUGUGUUGGGCUAAUGUUAGCCUGGGUGUGUGUUUUUUUUUUUUUAAAUAGGUAUUUUCUUACCUUAAUCGUCGUUUGUUUAAGACGUACAGUCACACGCCAUUCUCCAGCUAACUAAAACGAGCUUUGCAAGUGUUCUUACAUGUAUAAUGAACAUCGCUGACACGUAGCCCAUUUUACUGAAACACAUUAUCAGCACUCGGACCCUUCUCUCAUCUGGAAUCACAUGUAUUUGUUUAACUUCACACACUUGUAGUGUUUAUAAGUAACUCUUUUAUUUUUUUUUCCUGUUACAGUAAUGAAUAUGUAUGUUUUGAGAUUGUUGUCCAGUUAACGUUCUUUGUUUGAUUCCUUUUGAGUAAUCGACAGUACGCAAAUAGACAACGCCCAUUUCUGAGUAUAUAUUUUACCCUGAAGAGAGAAGUCCCUUCACAGUAGACUAAGCCUUUUCCUGUCCACUCUCUAUAAUGCAACAUCUUUCAAUAAACAUGUAUCUGCUUGAGUAUA